AUGCUGCACCCGGAGCUGCCCCUGCACCUGCUGGAGCUCUCCCGGCGCUACGGGCCCGUCUACCGGCUCCGCCUCGGGGCCAAGGACGUGGUGGUGCUGAACAGCGUGGAGUCCAUCCGCCAGGCGCUGACCCAGAAAUGGUCCGAUUUCGCCGGGCGGCCCCCCAGCUUUGUCGCGGAUCUCAUCUCCCUGGGGGGCCACGAUCUGUCCCUGGGUGACUUCACCCCCAGCUGGCGGCUGCAGCGCAAAGCGGCUCACUCGGCCCUGGCCCGCGCCCAGCGCCUGCAGCUGGACCCGGUGCUGGGGGCCCAGGCGGCCGCGCUCUGCCAGGUUUUCCGUAGCUAUGGGGGGGCCGCUGUGGACGUGGCCCAGGACUUCUCGCUGCAGACGUGUCGCACCAUCUGCGCCCUGGCGUUCGGCCCCAUGAUGCCGGACGCCGCCGCCACCCGGGACAUCCAGGCCUGUAUCACGGAGCUGGUGGAGCUGUGGGGCCGGGGCGCCGUGCGGGCGCUGGACGCGCUGCCCCUGCUCAGGGAGUUCCCCAGCGGGGCCCUGCGGCGGCUCCUGCAGGAGGUUCGGUUCCGAGCCGCCGUCGGCCGGGCCCGGAUCCAGCGGCACCAGGAGUCGCUGCGCCCCGAGUGCGCCCGGGACAUGGUGGAUCACAUGCUGCAGCUGCUGGGGGAGCGGCGGGGGACCGGGGGGGACCCCGCGGCGGAGGGGGGCCUCACCCCGGAGCACGUUCACAUGGCGCUGGUGGAUCUCUUCAUCGGGGGGACCGAGACCACGGCCGCCCUGCUCACCUGGGCCGUGGCCUUCCUGCUGCACCACCCCCAGGUCCAGGACGGGAUCCACGCGGAGCUGCAGCGGGUGCUGGGCCCCGAGCGCCCCCCCAGCUAUGGGGACCGGGACCGGCUGCCCCUGCUCAGCGCCACCAUCUCCGAGACGCUGCGUCUGCGCCCCGUGGCGCCCCUCGCCCUGCCCCACAGCACCACGCGGGACACCAGCCUCUCGGGCUUCGCCAUCCCCAAGGGAACCACCGUGAUCCCCAACCUCUUCGCCGCGCACCACGACGCGGGCACCUGGCGCCGCCUGGAGUUCAGGCCAGAGCGGUUCCUGGAGGCGGACGAGCCCCGGCUGGCCCAGCGCAACCUGCUGCCCUUCAGCUGCGGGGCCCGGGCCUGCCUGGGGGAGACCCUGGCCCGGGCCGAGAUCUUCGUCUUCCUCGGGCACGUCCUGCGCGAGUUCCGGCUGGAGCCGCCGGCGCCCGGCGCCCUCCCGGCCCUGCGGGGCGUGUUCGGCACCGUGGUGCGGUGCCCCCCGUUCCGGGUCCGCUUCCUGCCCCGGGGGCCCCCCGAGACCCCAUAG